AUGGCUGCGGAUGAAGGAGGGGUGUCCAGCCUGCCUCUCCUGGUCCAAGCGGUGCCGGAGAAGGGAUUGAAGAUGGUUAAGCUGGAACCCACCAGCCCUGAGCCAAGGAAGGGAGCAGAAAACAGCUGUUGUACCGUCCCAACGGACAGUGAAGUGGAUUUGGGGAGGAGACCCAUAUUGGAAGUUAUUAAACAGGAACCUCAGAAGCGGCUGCAACAGUGCUGGGAAGCUCAGUUGCAGGAGUUCCUAAAAAGAGUGGAGUCCUCCCAGUUGGAAUGGAGAAACCCACAAUUGUUGGGGCCCGUGCCCGUCGAUCGUACCGCAGCUUUUCCGCCAUGCUUCCGAGGGGCAGCUGACCUCAGCCCUGAGGGGUUGGCCCAAGUCCUGCCAGACCUCAGCCGAGAAGCCCGAGAAACCGACACCCAACUGCCAGACGACACCGAGGCAGAAGACAGUGGCGUGAAAGAGGAGGAACCGGAUAAUGAGUCCGCCAUCUUGGACGUUGAACGGCAGGACUUCCGGCGCUUCCGCUACCAGGAAGCUGAAGGGCCUCAGGGGGUUUGUCAGCAGCUGUGGCAGCUUUGCCUUCGGUGGCUGAAGCCGGAACGGCACACCAAGGAGCAGAUCCUGGAACUGGUGGUUCUAGAGCAGUUCCUGACCAUCCUGCCUCGAGAACUCCAGAAGUGGGUGAGGGAAGGGGGACCACAGACCUGUGCCCACGCCGUGGCUCUGGCACAGGGUUUCCUACAGCGGCAGCAGGAGGAAGUUCAGAUACAUGGUCCAGAGGCAGAAGAUUCCACGUUGGACACCAGGCAGAGACCCCUCUUCAAGGAGCUCAAACAGGAGAGUGACGCCAAGACUCAACACCACAGCGACUGUGAUGCCAACUCAAUGGGAGACGAUACGAAGCCCAGAGAUCAGAAUCAAAACAAAACCGAACAUUCGAGGGAAAGGGAACUGCAGUGGAAGCUGGGAGGAAGUAGUCAGCAAGAUGUCUCCCCCUGCCCUAAUCAGGAAGAGGUCUCUGAGUGCCAGCAGGAAAACUGCCCAGAGAAAGCCAGAGACCAACUCUUUCAGCAUGACCUUCAAGCAUGUCAAAGAAUCCUGCCAGGAGGAAAACAAUAUAUGUGCUCUUUCUGCGGGAAAAGCUUUAACCAGGGAUCAACUCUUACUGUGCAUGAAAGGACGCACACAGGAGAGAGGCCUUAUGAAUGUCUGGAUUGUGGGAAGCGGUUUAGCCAUUGCUCAAACCUUUUUGCUCACAAAACGGUCCACACGGGAGGGAGACCAUACAAGUGCUCCGACUGUGGGGACAGUUUUAGGCACUGGUCCCACCUCAUUGCUCAUAGGAGGAUUCACACAGGGGAAAGGCCACACAAGUGCUCGGACUGUGGGAAAAGCUUCAACCAGUGGUCGGCCCUCACUGUACAUGAGCGCACCCACACGGGAGAGAGGCCAUACACAUGCUCCGACUGUGGGAAAAGCUUCAACCAGCGGUCGGCCCUCACUGUACAUGAGCGCACCCACACUGGAGAGAGGCCAUACACAUGCUCGGACUGUGGGAAAAACUUUACCCAGAGGUCGAUUCUUAUCGCGCACGAGAGAACCCACACAGGAGAAAGGCCGUUUAAAUGCUCCAACUGCGGGAAGAGCUUCAAACAGCUCUCGGCUCUCACUGCGCAUGCGCGAAGCCACACAGGAGAGAGACCAUACGCAUGCUUGGACUGUGGGAAGAGCUUUACUCGGAGCUCCCUGCUUAUUAAACACAGGAGGACCCAUACAGGAGAAAAACCAUAUGAAUGCUUCAACUGUGGGAGACGGUUCAGUCAGCGCUCUCAGCUUGUUAGCCAUGAGAAAACCCAUGCAGGACAGAAAUCCUGUUGA